AUGCUGUCCUGCUGGUCCGAAUCACCACAUGAUAGACCUGAGUAUAGCAAUAUUGUGACUCUGAUGAAUGAUAUGCUGAAGCAGGCUUUGCGCUUCAGCUCCUCAUCCCAAGUACUCUCUCGUAGAAUAUCCUCGGCGUCCCGCAUUUCGGGCAUGUCAGCCAUCUCUAAGCGUCCCUCGCUGUCCACGUCCAACACCGUUGCGACCGUUCCAGAGACGAACACCAGCACAACGCUGCCUCUUACCAGCACAGUGGCCCCUAUUACCAGCACAGUGCCUCCUAUUACUAGCGGGCAGAUGCUGCAGUCUCAGAUCAGUUACAUGAAUAUUGGCAGACUACCACAGACGAAUGUCAAUACCUCAAUUUUUGGUCUGGGUUCAACUAUAGUGGAUACUCGGCCAACCCCAGUGCCGAGACAACAGCAACAAUUAGUAGCGACAGACAGCAGAGCACAGUCCCUGUCUCCACUCAACCCUCGCACGCGCUCGAUAUCAGCCGCUCUAUCUCACACUCAGUCGAGAGCAGGGCCGGAAUCGCCAGUAACCCGAAAUAUAGUCAGUAGUGACGGGAACUACUUGGUCGCCUCCCGAGGCCCUAAUAGCUCGGGAGUGUUUAUGAAGCGAGAUGGUGCCUGAGCUUAAGCGUAUUGGCUUGCUCGUUGUAUCGGGCGAGCCAAGUCAUGUGAAGAAGACAAAAUGUAUGUAUAUCACUGCGCCGUGUGGUCUAUUGUGGGUUAUGGGCACACCAUAGGCAUAGGUGCACCUGCCGAGUGUCGACUUACUACGGAAUGCAGGCGUAUGUAAUGCGGCAUUAUUAAUAUAUAUCUUAGUGCAUAAUUGCCAUAUAAUACUACUAAUGCAGGCGUAUGACGUAUGGCGCUCGACGAGUCUAAAUGUUUUGUACACUGCGCCUGACUGGGCCAAAUGUGGUGAAGUGAGAUUUACACAUAGCUAGUGAAGAUAGUGGAAUGUACUCACAUCACAGUGUAUGUACAAUGCCCAAGAGACAGGCGGGUGUCAU